UGAUUAAUGUAAACUAUUAUGGAAUGUAUACAAAACUGGAGAGAAGAAAUAAAUUUAAACACGACGGUUGUAAUUUUUCUUGGGGUAUGUUCAAAAUAUAAUAAUUUAGAAAUAUGCUUAAAUAAUUUGAUAAAAAAAAUACGGAAGUUCAAUUUUGUAAAUUAUUGAGGUAAACAUGCACAACAGAUAACAAAUAAAAGAAAGGGGGGCUUAAUAUACAUACCACACAAGGAUCAUUUUACGGUGAAAUAAUUUUUUAAAAUCUUGCAGCCAAUUAAAUUAUUAAUCGCUAAUUACAGGUUCGACCUAGACAGCAUGCUCUUUGUUGUGAAAUUUGCGAGAGAUGGCAGCAUCGUUUGUGCAGCACAAACGUAUCCCUGCAAGAGUAUUGGGCUAUUCUGGGUGGAGAGGAGGGAUUAGCUUGGCAGUGUAACGACUGCAAGAAUGAAAAUAGGAGUCUCAGAGUGGAUCUAGAAGAGCUUCAGGAAUCCAAUCCGUACGAUGUUUCCACGGAUGAGGACGAGCCCAUGGAAGAAUCUUCUCAGGCGGGACAAAUCAGAGACGAUACAUUUGAUGACAGUUUUAGAAGUGUGCCAGUACUGGAGAGCACGAGAGAAGCGGAAGGAAGCAGAAAUGACGAGCUAAUGGUUUCUUUCAACAUUAGUCGUCGUGCUGUUGUUGAAUCUCCUCAAGUUCUUGAAGAGUCUAUAGAAGAUGGCAAUCCCGUGGAUGACACCGUACUGGAGGAUGUCCCAGUGACUUUUAAAGUCUUGGAGAAGGGAAGUAGUCGUGGCGGACGUCUCUUAGUAUCCAGCGACGGCUAUUCGUAUUGUGUCAAACGCGAGGGUCAAAAGACAACUACUUGGACUUGCAGCAUGAGGUCAAAGAAGCUCAAAUGCUACGCCAGUGUGUCACAGCAAGGUGAAUUAUUUGUAAAGGGAAGCAGCAAACAUCUUCAUCCUGGUAAUUUGAAGCUUCCACAUCUCAAGGAAAUUUCAGCCAAGGUGAAACAGUCCGCGAGAGAAAAUGUGUUCCAGUCAGCAAUGUCAAUUGCGGAGGGGACAGUAACGGAUCAUUUCAAUGAGGAAACUAGGUUCCUUGCACCAAAUCUCCAUCUGAUUAAGAGAGUGGCAAAUCGAUUCAGAAGCAAGUUCCGUCCCGAGGAACCAGUGAAUCUUAAUUUCCAGGUAUAUUAAUUAGUGACAUUUUCCCCUUUUUUCUCGGAGAAUUAACCCCUAUCCACAUGUCACACAUAC